AUGGCUGAGGGCAGCGAGGGCUGGUCGAGAGAGGACGAGCUUGAUUUGGGCCCAGAGGAACAUGAAUCUCCAGCAAUUGCCUCUGACGUCGCGCUCGUGGACGAUCGCGAAGAGUUCUCCGCACAGAAGCCUGAGCUGAUCGAGGCCGAGGGUGACGGCCUCGACAAGGGAUCGGGUGCGCAGGACCGUUCUACAGAGCAGUCAAGAGACGCGGAGAGUCUGCAACUUCCACAGACUCCACCUUCAAAGCAGGCGACACCAGAUGUGUUGUCGAGCGAGAUAGACGAGACGGCGUCGAUUCCGGACGACACCCCGUCGUUGAACGUAACCAGCCCUGGCCCAGCUCACCGUCCGUUUGAUCUUCGCUUCCAGUCGCGAUUAUCGUCCUCCUCGGUGAACAUACCCAGAUCUGGAUCGCCUUUCCUGGCGCAGUUACACUCUCGACAAUCGUCAUUUGCGAGCCACGUUUCAGCGACCCCCGAGUCAGAGAAUGAAGUGCCUCCUAAUCCCUGGGACGUUGUGCGAUGGACGAAACUACGGAAAAUAUCGGGGCAGGCAUUCUCCGAAAUUGGGAAGCGCAACUUUGGCAGACCGACAUGCCUGACCGUGUCGACUGCAAUUGUGAUUGGUACAUCGAAGGGCAUUAUUUUGGUCUUCGACUACCAGCAGAGCUUGAAGGCAAUCAUAGGGACAAGCACAAAGGCUGUUGAAUGUGGCCCGAUCACCGCACUGGCGUUGUCAGCAGACCAUACGACCGUCGCUGGUGGCCAUGAAUCCGGAGAUAUCUUCACCUGGGAAAUCUCGCGUCCUUCACGACCGUUCCUCCACAUGCCGGUGAUCACAGCCGAUCAAGUCGAGAGCAGGGCAGCUGACGGCCAUAUGGUAGGUUCUGCCGUGAUUCACGUAGGCUUUCUGGGAACGCGGCGCACAGCGAUUGUGUCGGCCGACAUCAGGGGCAUGGCCUUCUCACAUCUGGCUACACGAGGAACGGGAUCCCUCGGACGAACUGUGAAGACAACGCGAAUCCUCGGCCGCUACCCAGAGCUCGCAUCGGAAGAGCCGCGCAAGCGGAAACCUAGCUCCGUCCUGGCCUUCUCGCCCCUUCCGCUCGGAAAUGUAGAGCAACCGUCUGAUUCGAUGGGCCUGGUUGCUAUGCUGACUCCAUAUCUGCUGGUGAUUGUCUCGACAACUCCUGUUGCUCGAACGCAGUACAAAUCCCCACGUCCAAAGGUAGUCCCUGCCCAUAGUGCUAUGACGGGGGCUCUAGCUUGGUUUCCGGCGAUUCGUCUCAAGGGCAAGGAUAGUCAGACUUCGAACACGAAGCUGGUUUACUGUUGGUCGAAUGUGUUAACAGUGCUGGAAGUAACGGACGCGGAGACUGGGGAGUCACCGAGCAAAGAUCGACCUCCAAGUCUCUCCUUCCGAGCUCGUAGUAGAUGGCACGCUGAUGAGGCUAUUGUGGCUAUUCAAUGGCUCAGUCGAUCCGUGCUAGCAGUGCUCACCAUUACACAGCGUCUGCUCAUUGUGGAGGACUACAGCAUGCAUGUGACCGACUCCAUCGAUCUGGUGGGUCGCCAUAUUUACCACGCCGAUCUUUUUUCAUCUCAACUGCACAACCUGGUUGAGCAAUUGGACGAGGAGGAUUCGUCAAUGCACGGAGUCGUUGCGGAUGCCUUUCACAUGAGUUUCCGUUCGUACAAAGGCCGACUGUUCCUGCUGGGCUAUAAUGAAGCCCAAUUCGGCAGCCUUUCCAACUGGGCUGACCGGCUCCUCGCUCUCAUGGAAGCCGGAGACUUUAUCAGUGCCAUUCGGUUGGCAACAUCAUACUAUACCGGAAGUGCUGAGAGACUCACCGUUGGACUCCCCGAUGAGGAUGCAUUGCGAAAACCAAUUGUACAAGAAAAGCUGCUCGAGAUGAUUUCGGCAUCCUUGAAAUACGCUUUCGGUCGCAAUAACGAGGCUAACAACGAACAGUUGGAGAACAAGGAGCUAAAAGACCUCGCCGAAGUGUCAGUCGUUGCUUGUCUCCAGAUGGAAGACUUGGACUACCUGUGGGAGGAGGUGUUUACCUGGUACGAAGAGCAUGGCUCUGCCGGGAUUUUCCUGGAUGUACUCGAACCGCGCAUCAUCGACGGGACUAUACGGUCUUUACCUCCUAUUGCUGUUAAAGCUCUCAUCAGCCACUUCAUCGAGACCCAUUCCACUGGCCGCUUGGAAGAGAUUAUCUGCUUGCUCGAUACAACCACAAUGGACAUCGACCAGGUCACGACCUUAUGCAAGCAGCACAACCUUUACGACGCAUACAUCUAUGUCUGGAAUCGCUGUUUGAUGGAUUAUGUCGGCCCAUUGGAAGAACUGAUGACCCAGAUUCCCACCCAAAGGCCGGAGACCUUGGUCAAUGGGGAUUAUGCGCUCGAAUCGAGACGUUACACCAACGCGAUGAAGAUGUUUCCGUACCUAUCAUUUGUCCUUACUGGCCGCAUAUACCCAACCGGUGAGGAUUUGAGUGAGGACGAAGCUCUGCGGGCCAAAAGCGAGCUUUAUCAGUAUAUCUUCUCGGGUCACUCUUCGACCUCCACAAGCUCCGCGACGGCAGAGACUGGCGCAUUUGCCCAGCUCAGAGCAAUGCUCAAGUUUGACGCGUCUAGCUUCAUGAGCAUGCUCAAUGAAGCUUUCGAAGACAGCUUUCUGAACGAUUCUGAGGUGGAAGAGAGCCCGAUUUCAGGGAUGUCGAUCAACCGACAAUACCUGAUCAGUAUUCUACUGCAAGUCAUGGAUUCAUCGACCUUUGAAGCGACCGAUACCAUCUAUCUCGACAUGUUUCUCGCACGUAACCUCCCCAAGUAUCCACAGUAUAUUCUGCUCUCGGGCACCACCCUUCAUCAGGUGCUCGUUCGACUCUGCCAGUAUCCCACGUUGGAAAUGGCGGAAGAUUGUGAGCUCAGUGCAGAGUAUCUUCUGUCCUUUUACCGUCCGCCAGAUGUUCAGAGCCUGGUGCCAUUGUUCAAGGAAGCUCGGUUUUUCCGCAUUCUCAAGUCAACCUAUCGCUCGGAAAAGCAAUACGCUCAGUGGAUUCAAACAUAUCUCGAAGAUCCGCAUGACCGGAUAGGAGUCUUCACGGCACUUUACGACUGUCUACGUUCUGGAUCUGGAUUGGGCAAGAAGGUGAGACGAGAUGUUGUCGAGGUCGUCAAGCAGCACGCUGGAGAUAUCGCAGCCAUCGACGUGAAGCGAAGUGCACAGGCAAUGCAAGAUCUUGCCCCUGAAACCCACGCUACGUUCCUGCAACGCCUCGAGAAUGACUCAUUCAAUCAGUUCCAGUAUCUUCAGAUCCUGGUUGAGCCCCGUGGCAAAGUUCCAAGCGAACCAAGCCCAACCGUGCAAGUCGAGAACUGGAUGGUUGAGCAAUACGUGCAGCUCCUCUGUCACUACAAACCAUCUCACGUUGCAGACUUUGUCGAUGGCCUUCGGGUGGGAGACCUCCAUCUCGAAAAACUUCUUCCGUUCAUUGAGGAAAGUGGAGCGAUUGACGCCGCCGUCAUCUUGCUUGCGAGACAAGGUCAGGUGCAGGCUGCGUUGAAUCGUCUCAUUGCCCAUCUGAGCACGCUUGAAUCCGGUCUGGUUGGUAUACUGCACAGUGUCCAGGACGCUCCGGAUGCCGCCAAUACGACCGAAGCAAUUGAUGAUCUGCUCGAUUCCAUGGAAAAGUAUGUAGGAGUUGGGACUUGGCUCUGUCAAGGCCAGACCAAAGUCGCGCAUGAACCAAACCGAAUGAGAGGGGCCGCCAAUGGCCAGCGGGGAGGAUUAGCGCUUGAAGUACCCCUAGCUUUUGAUGAAACCCUCUGGCUCGAUCUCAUUGAAGCUGUUGUGCGAAUUGCAAGCAAUGUGUUUGUAAUGAUUCGGGGCCAAGGGUCCAAACGUGUGGCAUCAGCUUCCGCAGUGGUUGCAACAAGUGAAGACAACGGCCGAUUGAUGGUCGUUUUCCGAGGCUUGGUCCAACAGAUGUUCACUUCGCUGCUUUCUAGUACAGUGAAGGGCAGCGCAUCACCGUCGGCCGAACGCAACGACAUCUCCUUCCUUCGCAUUCUACGAGCGUUCCUGGCCCGCGCAGCACGCUGGUCUCCGUCUCUACAAGAGCUACGCGCCGUUCUUGCCUCAGUCUUUUCGGCGUACUCGUAUGAAAAGGCGCUACUUUCGCUGGCCAAUGACAUGCUGGAUCGCGACCUCUUCGUGCAUGUGGAUGAGGUCGUGCGGCUACGACAGCAAGGAUGGCGUCCGCGUGGGCAGGCCUGUGAAGUAUGCCGGCAGCGGAUCUGGGGGUCUGGUGUGGGAUCGACGCACUGGGCAGCGUGGGAGAGAAGACAGGCUGAUGCUCACAUGCAUCGUCUUGCUCGUCGUCUCGAAGAGAAAGAGGACGUGGCAUCUGAGCGUGGCAAGGGCAAAGCUGUGGUCUCCCGUCCGUCCGCUCACAACCACGAACAUGACCACCAUGGCACGACUGGAGUGGAGGCGGCAGCAGAUGGAACCACGCGGGCCCACGAACCGGUGGUAGUCUUUGCCUGUCGACAUCUCUAUCAUCGGAGAUGCGUGGCCGAGAGUAUCAGCGGGCUGUCAUCGACUGUCACCCAGGCGUCCGGCUCGUUCCUUCGACCGGACCAACCAGAUUGGCCAGUGCAUGAGUUGUUUUGUCCAGUAUGUAAAUAG